CUCUCCUAGUAGCCGUUGUUACUUGUUUCUGUGCCUUUUUUGACUAUUAUCUUUCUGACUCACUACAGUAGGAUUCUCUUCUCUUCUUCAGAUAUAUUAUUAUUAUUAUUAUUUUAACUAACAUUAUAAACCUAUGAUUCUUCUCACACACUACUGAUCAUAUAACUGGUCUUUCCGGCGAGAUUUUCACCGGAAAAAAUGGCGUUUAUGUGCUCAGACAGUGGAAAUCUAAUGGCGAUAGCCCAACAACUUAUUAAGCAGAAACAAGAUCAAGACCAGAAACAACAGCUCUGUGAAGAACAGCAAAUUUCCGACGCCGCCGCCGCCGCCUCUGCAACUCUCGGCCCAUUCUCACUCCUCCAAUGGCCCUCCUCCGACAUAUUUCAAGUCGCCGGAGAUUCUUCCUCCUUUCAAUUUCCAUCUUUGGACCACCACUGUCUUGAUUUCGACUCGGCUGCUGCUGACGAAUGGAUGGAUAGCCUUAUCUCCGCCGGCGAUUCCCCUCAGAGUUCGAAUCCAUGGCAGACCAACAUUGACUUCAAUCAGUACGUUUACGAUCCGUUGGUCAAUUGUCCGACAAACUUCACUUCUCCGCCGCUUGAUCCCAAUCAGUUCAUCUUUCCGACAGAAAAGUUGGGUCCAUCUUCUCCACCGACAGAGACCGAAUCUGAAGUUGAUUCACUCAAGCCACUGUUUAAAGAGCUAAUUGACUGCUCGGAGAUGGCAGAUUUCGAUCCCGGCAAGGCCGAGAAGUUGCUGGAUCGACUCAAGGACUCCGUCAGCCAACAUGGAGACCCGUCGGAGCGAGUAGUCUUCUACUUCACUGAGAUUCUUCUCAGUAGAGUGUCUCUGUCCCACUGGCCGGAAAACAAACCGACCAUCUCCACCACCCCAGAAGACUUAACUCUCUCUUACAUGAUCCUAGACGAUGCUUGCCCAUACUCAAAAUUUGCGCAUUUUACUGCAAAUCAAGCAAUCCUAGAAGCCACUGAAAAGGCGAUGAAGAUCCACAUCAUCGACUUCGGCGUUGAUCAAGGAAUUCAAUGGGCAGCUCUUCUUCAAGCCUUGGCAACCCGACCUGCCGGAAAACCAGACAUGAUCCGUAUAUCUGGUAUCCCAUCGCCAGCUCUGGGAAACUCCCCUGCCGCAGCUCUUAACACCACCGGCAGACGACUCCGUGAUUUCGCAACUCUACUAGAUCUAAACUUCGAGUUCAUACCAGUCUUGACGCCAAUUAAAGAACUCAACGGGACAAGUUUCAAAGCUAACCCGGACGAAUCACUGACAGUAAAUUUCAUGCUUCAGCUUAACAAUUGGCUUGACGAGACAGAUGAUGAAGUCGACGCAGCUCUCCAAUUUGCGAAAUCUUUGAACCCAAUCAUCAUCACCUUAGGUGAGUACGAAGCGAGCUUGAACCAUGUUGAUUACCCAACCCGGAUGAAGAACGCAUUGAAUUACUUCUCGGCAGUGUUUGAUUCACUCGAGCCGAAUUUACCACGGGACUCACCUAAGAGGCUACAAGUCGAGAGUCUACUCCUAUAUCAGAGAAUGGCCGGAGUAAUGGGGAGAAACAGAAUGGAGAGUAAAGAGAAGUGGAGAGUCCUAAUGGAGAGAGCCGGUUUGGAACCGGUUCGAUUAAGUAACUACGCAAUGAGUCAAGCCAAGCUGCUUCUAAUGAACUACAAUUACAGCUGGUCGUUCUCUAUUAUUCAAUCAGAACCAGAGUUUCUUUCUUUAGCCUGGAACAAGGUCCCCCUAAUGACUAUAUCCUCGUGGCGUUAGAUUGAAGAACUAGUAUAAUUUUGAAGCACAAUUCUCUAAUAGUGUGUCUAGUUUCAUUUUCGAUGAUGAUUCAUAUAUAUGGUUCAUAUAUUUUCAAGAUUGUA